UUAUCAACUCCUUUAAGCUCUGCAAGAUUUGCUGAAAAAUGGCUAAUGAGGUGACUCUUCUUGAUUUCUGGCCUAGCCCAUUUGGGAUGAGAUGCAGAAUCGCCUUAGCAGAAAAAGGCAUCAAACAUGAAUACAAGGAUGAAAACCUUAAGGAUAAGAGUCCUUUACUUCUUCAGAUGAACCCAGUUCAUAAGAAGAUCCCUGUUUUGAUUCACAACGGGAAACCCAUCUGUGAAUCACUGAACAUUGUUCAAUAUAUUGAUGAGACUUGGAAUGAUAAGUCUCCUCUCUUGCCUUCUGAUCCCUACAAGCGUGCUCAAGCUAGGUUCUGGGCUGAUUAUGUCGACAAGAAGGUGUACGAAUUGGGGGUGAAGGUCUGGAGGACAAAAGGAGAAGAGCAUGAGACAGCAAAGAAGGAUUUCAUAGAGUGCUUGAAAGUGAUGGAAGGUGAGCUUGGUGACAAGACUUACUUUGGAGGUGAAACCAUUGGGUUUGUAGAUGUGAGCCUUAUCCCCUGGAACUGUUGGUUCUAUGCCAUUGAGACCUGUGGGAACUUUAGCAUUGAAGAUUCUUGCCCCAAACUGGUGGGUUGGGCCAAGAGGUGCAUGGAGAAGGAGAGUGUGUCCAAGUCUCUGGUUGAGCCUCAGAAGAUCUAUGAAGUCGUUCUGAAGCUCAGAAAGGCUUCCGGCAUUGAUCAGUAACGGAGAAGAAAUUGAGAGGAUGAUAAAGAGGAAUAAAA